GUGCUGUUUCGCAGCAGAACGUUUAACAAACGAUGCUUCUCGAUUUUACCUGGGACACUCUGGGGGGUGCAGUUAGCGUAUUUGGCUACGGCUUUGAACCGCUGCUCACUUUCCUCGGCACUUUGGUAUCAAUCUUUCGACUGGUGAACUUGCCCACGGAUCUGGCCGUCGACACGCCCAUCCUUUAUCACCAUUAUGACUACGUGAUCGUAGGCGGAGGCUCGGCGGGAUGCGUGCUAGCCAAUCGCCUGUCGGCCGACCCAACCAGAACGGUGCUGUUGAUCGAGGCCGGAGGAAUGGAGAACGCUUUCGCGCAGGUUCCGCUGUUCGCGCCGCUGCUCAUCGGGGACAGGUUCGACUGGAAAUACUUGCCUGAGCCGCAAGAGCACGCCUGCCUUUCUAUGAAGGAUCAGAGGUGUCCGUGGGCACGCGGAAAAGCCUUGGGAGGUUCGAGCGCCAUAAACUUCAUGUUUUAUGUUCGCGGGAACCGGCGCGACUACGACAUUUGGAGGGACGAGUUCGGAGCGCACGGUUGGUCCUACGACGACGUGUUGCCGCACUUCAAGAACAUUGAAACAUCGAGAGUUCCUGGCCAUGAAGUGCUCCAGUGA